UCAAGGUCCGUGUGGUGAACCAAACGAAUACUUAAAUCCAGUAAAUAUUACCAGCAGGGAGAAGAAGUUUGUUGACCUGUUGCGUCCAUAUGACAGGUUAAUAGUUUUUUCCUUUUUUUUGGCAAUGUUUCCCAGUCCCAGCACGUCCACUCCCUUCUCUGUAAAGGAUAUAUUAAACUUGGAGCAGAGUCAUGGCGUUAUGGCGUCUUCUCUGGACGUUUCCUCACGUAUGGACUGCUGCAUCCUGCCGACCUCCUCCUCCUCUUCCUCCUGCAUGCUGGCCCGCAUGAAGCAGGAGCCUCUCCGGGACAUGUCGUCUCCCGCCGCCGCCUCGCUGUUCGGAGAGGACCUCCACGAGUCCCGAGCAGGCAGAGGCAGCAGUGCUCUCAGCUUUGCCUCCAGCUUUUAUGGGAAAUCCCUCUUAGAUGUGGACAUAGUCAAGGAUGAGAAAUCAGACGCGUUUGAGGGGAAACGCAGAAAAGAAGAGUUCAGUCCUCCUCUCGAGCCCGCGGGGGACAUAAAAACUGCGGAUCCGGACCGACCCAAGCCCCGCAGACGCAGGAAGCCUCGGGUGCUCUUCUCCCAGGCGCAGGUGUACGAGCUGGAGCGGCGCUUCAAGCAGCAGCGGUACCUGUCCGCCCCGGAGAGAGACCACCUGGCCGGGGUGCUCAAGCUGACCCCGACCCAGGUGAAGAUCUGGUUCCAGAACAGGAGGUACAAGUGCAAGCGGCAGCGGCAGGACCAGAGCCUGGAGAUGGUGUCCCUGCCGCCGCCCAGGAGGGUGUCGGUGCCGGUGCUGGUGCGGGACGGGAAGCCCUGUUUGGCGGCGGACACGGGCACAUACAACCCUUCCUACAGCAUGGGUCCCAUCAACCAUUUCACUUACAACAACUACCCACCCUUCAGUAACUACACGGGGCCCGGCUGCAACACAAACUAUGCGUGUAAUUAUCCUGCAGCCACGAUGCAAACUGUGCAAGGUUCCUCCAACAGCGGGAGUUACAUGAACUUUGGCGCAGGAGACUUGAAUAAUGUGCAGAACAGCUUCUCCUCCAGCACCGGGGUGUCCUCGUUACAUGGCAUCAGGACAUGGUGAACACGUAUCACUCGUUAUAUUAACCACACUUUAACUUUUGACUGCAUGCAUUUGUAAAUGUGUCGAGAUUUGGCGGAGUUCAUUUAACUUCUCUUAUAUUUAAUGACUUCUUUUUUCGUAGUUUUGUUUUCAGCACCAGUUUUUGUCAGAAUAGCGAUAUUUUCAUGUAUUUUCGUGGCAUUAGCGCACAAACAGGCAUUUUUGAGAGAGUAAA